AUGAAGGAAGUUGCAUCUUGGGAAAAAGAAAAUUUCGAUCCGCGAGCUGUGGAAAUGUUUUGUUUUUGCACAAAUAUCGAGAUAAUGGAAGCGGAUAAACUGCCUAAACAGUUUUGCUAUGACUGCAUAAUAAAAAUAGAAUCAUCCUACACAUUCAUUAAGGAGGCACAGAAUGUUAAUGUAACUCUUAAAAAUAUUGUUUCAAGAACGGAAACUAGCAUAAUUGUUGGUUUGGAGAACUGUCUGAGACUAACAGUGCCAACUUUAGAACCAAAAUCUCAUUUGAAGCUUACUCUGCCGGACUAUAAACUUUGCAGCAGCAUCGGGAACUCGGAGAAAACUGUGUUACAAAAUAAUAAUGAAUAUCAUGCUAUUCAAAUUAACAAAGUUUCUAACAACAAUGCUACUGAUUUACCAAAUGAACAAUCUACACAGCCCAAAGUAGUACAAAGUGUUAAUACCAGGGAAAUAAAUAACUGUGAUAACAACAAGAAAAACAUCUGUCCCGUUUGCAGGAAGGGUUUCAUGUCAAAAGUAUGGUUUACUAAACACAUGGACAAAGAGCACUCCGGUCAAAAGUACAGCUGUAUGCAGUGUGAUAAAACUUUCAGUAAAUCCUCUCAGCUGGCGUACCAUGCAACUACUCACUCAGACGAGCGUAAGUUUGCUUGCAAUUUGUGCUCAAAGCGCUUCAAAAGAAGAAAGCAGCUGAAUGUUCAUACCCGUUCGCAUUCGGAGGAACGACCUUAUGCCUGUGAUAAAUGUCAAAAGAGGUUCAAGUUGAAAAGCAUAUUAAAAUGUCACAUGAAAGUCCAUGAUGGCCGCAAACAGUAUUUAUGCAGCUACUGUGGAUGGGCUUUUGCUCAAGCGGGCAACCUGUCGGUGCACCUGCGCCGGCACACGGGCCUGCGGCCGCACGCGUGCCCCGACUGCGGCUACCGCGCCGCCGCCGCGGCCGCCCUGCGCAGGCACGCGCGCCGCCACGGCCCCGAGCCCCCGCCGCUGCUCUGCGCGCACUGCUCGCAGCGCUGCCACGACCGCAGCGCGCUGGCCCGCCACCAGCGCACGCACACCGGCGAGUUGCCGUACCGCUGCUCCAGCUGCCCUCGCGCCUUCGCCGACAGCUGGAAGAGGAAGACCCACCUGAUGCGCGCCCACAACCUCGCGCUGCACGACAUACCGCGCCUGCGACGCGACGGGCUGCCGCUGCUGCCGGCACCACCC